GCGGCGGCGGCGGCGGCGGCGGCGGCGGCGGCGGCGGCGGCGGCGGCGGCGGGCCAGGCGUUCUAGCCGAGCGCGAGGUCGGCGCUGAGCUCGCCCCGGAGACCGCGUCUCCUCGGCCGGACGCAGGCGGCGGCUGGGCGGCUCGCGGAGGAUUGGGAGGGCGCGGUCCGCGUCGGGGGCUUUCUCCCGGCCGCCUCCCGCCGGGUUUGGGUUCGAGGCGCCUCCGGGGAAGCCGCGGCCCCGAGGGCAGAUCCGAGAACAUUAAAGUCAUAAUGAAUGGUCAUAUUUCUAAUCAUCCCAGUGGUUUUGGAAUAUAUCCAUCUCAAAUGAAUGGCUACGGAUCACCACCCACCUUUUCCAUGGACAGAGAACACAGUUCAAGAACAAGUGCAAAGGCUCUCUAUGGACCAGAUGGAUCAUACUUCUUCAGAUCAUCAUCCAAACAGAAAAAGAAAGAACAAAGGAAGAAUUAUGCACGGGAUAGUGUCAGCAGCGUGUCAGAUAUAUCCCAAUACCAUGUUGAACACUUGACUACCUUUGUUCUGGAUCGGAAAGAUGCUAUGAUAACUGUUGACGAUGGGAUAAGGAAGCUGAAAUUGCUUGAUGCCAAGGGCAAAGUUUGGACUCAAGAUAUGAUUCUUCAGGUGGACGAGAGAGCUGUGAGCCUGAUUGAUUUAGAAUCAAAGAAUGAACUGGAGAAUUUUCCUUUGAACACAAUCCAACACUGCCAGGCUGUGAUGCACUCCUGUAACUAUGAUUCAGUUCUUGCCCUCGUGUGCAAAGAGUCAACUCAGAACAAGCCCGAUCUUCAUCUUUUCCAGUGUGAUGAGAUUAAGGCAAACCUAAUUAGUGAAGAUAUUGAAAGUGCAAUCAGCGACAGUAAAGGAGGGAAACAGAAGAGGCGGCCUGAUGUCCUGAGGAUGAUUUCCAAAGCAGACCCUGGUAUACCGCCUCCACCCAGAGCUCCCGCCCCUGUGCCACCUGGGACUGUGACCCAGGUGGAUGUUAGAAGUCGGGUGGCAGCCUGGUCUGCAUUGGCAGCUGACCAAGGGGACUUUGAGAAACAAAGGAAUUAUUAUCAGCAGGAAGAAACACCUGAGGUGAUGGCAGCCCGCAUUGACAGAGAUGUGCAAAUCUUAAACCACAUUUUGGAUGACAUUGAAUUUUUUAUCACAAAACUCCAAAAAGCAGCUGAAGCAUUUUCUGAGCUUUCUAAAAGGAAGAAAACUAAGAAAGGUAAAAAGAAAGGACCAGGAGAGGGUGUUUUAACACUGAGGGCAAAACCUCCACCUCCUGACUUAUUUAUUGACUGUUUCCAAAAGUUUAAACAUGGAUUUAACCUUCUGGCCAAAUUGAAGUCUCACAUCCAGAAUCCUAGUGCUGCAGAUUUGGUUCACUUUUUAUUUACUCCAUUAAAUAUGGUUGUGCAGGCCACAGGAGGUCCUGAACUAGCCAGUUCAGUACUCAGCCCCCUACUGACUAAGGACACAAUCGAUUUCUUGAGUUACACUGUCAAUGUCGAUGAGCGGCAGCUGUGGGUGUCAUUGGGAGACUCGUGGAUGAAAUCCAGAGCAGAGUGGCCAAAAGAACAGUUUAUCCCACCCUAUGUCCCACGGUUCCGCAGUGGUUGGGAGCCCCCGAUGCUGAACUUCAUGGGAACAUCGGUGGAGCCGGAUCUCUAUCAACUGACUGAGUCCGUGGCAAACGCAGCAGAACAGCAUCGCAAGCAAGAAACAAAAAGAUUAUCCACGGAGCACUCCAGUGUAUCAGAGUAUCCUCCAGCUGAUGGGUACACAGUAUUCAAUAACAUUUAUGGAAGAGGGCCCCAUCUGGACCAAGGGGAAGCUGCUGUUGCUUUUAAGCCAACUCCUCAACGCCAUGUAGAUAGAAAUUAUGAUCCACAACCCAAGAAAUAUGCCAAAUCCAGGUAUGACUUUGUGGCAAGGAACAACAGUGAGCUCUCAGUUCAAAAGGAUGAUAUCUUAGAGAUCCUUGAUGAUAGGAAGCAAUGGUGGAAAGUUCUAAAUGCAAGUGGAGAUUCUGGAUUUGUGCCAAACAACAUUUUGGAUAUCGUGAGACCUCCAGAGUCUGGGCUGGGGCGUGCGGAUCCACCUUACACGCAUACCAUACAGAAACAAAGGAUGGAGUAUGGUCCAAGAGCAACUGACAUUCCCUCUGCUCCAUCACCUCCUCCAACACCAGCUCCUGUUCCUGUUCCCCUCCCACCUUCUGCUUCAGCACCUGUGUCAAAGGUCCCAGCAAAUGUAACCCGUCAGAACAGCAGCUCCAGUGAGAGUGGUGGCAGUGUUGUGCGAGAUAGCCAACGACAAAAACAAGUUCCUGUUGACCGAAGGAAAUCUCAGAUGGAGGAAGUGCAGGAUGAACUCGUCCACAGACUGACCAUUGGUCGGAGCGCCGCCCAGAAGAAGUUCCACGUGCCACGGCAGAAUGUGCCAGUUGUCAAUAUCACUUAUGACUCCACCCCAGAGGAUGUGAAGACAUGGUUGCAGUCAAAGGGCUUCAACCCUGUAACUGUCAAUAGUCUUGGAGUAUUAAAUGGUGCACAACUUUUCUCUCUCAAUAAAGAUGAACUGAGAACCGUCUGCCCUGAAGGGGCCAGAGUCUUUAGCCAAAUUACUGUACAGAAAGCUGCAUUAGAGGAUAACAACGGCAGCUCUGAGUUGCAAGAAAUCAUGCGAAGACGACAGGAAAAAAUCAGUGCUGCUGCUAGCGAUUCAGGAGUGGAAUCUUUUGAUGAGGGAAGCAGUCACUAAUUAGUUUUUAAACUCCAUUAUUCUUGGCAUUAUUCCAACGUGCUUUGUUUUAAGAAGCCAUGAAGGGAAUGUCAGAUUCUCAUUUCUUGGUGUACAGAAUUUAUCGCCAUAAAGAAACAACGCAAACAUAAGUAAGCAGACGACUUGCUCCUGGGCCCGUUAUUUUUAUUAAAAUGAAAACAUUUUAAACAGAAUUUCUCACCUUGGGAAUAUUUUGCCUACUUUACCAAGGUGAGGUUUCCUUUAUUGGAUUAAUUAUUUCAUCCCCAUCUCAAUGCCUAAGCAGACUUUUUUUUUUUUUUUGACAGUGGUGAGUUUAUUUAUUGCAACAAAACAGAGAUAUUGCCCAUGAUUCAAAAUCUAAACAGUUUCAGUUUUGCCUGUGACUAUGGUAGGUAUCAUCCAGCGUGUAGCUUAGUUUAGGCUAGCCUCUGCUUACUUAGGUCUCUUCUUCAACAUACUCAGUAAUAGAAUGUUUAGAUUUAUUUAAAGUUCUUAAUGCCAACAGUUUUUAAAAAAGAUUAAAACAUUGAAUGAACUGUAAAAUACAGCAAGGCCUUGGACAUACAAAUAGAAACCCUUGGAGCAUUCCCGAGACGUUUUAUCUGUCGUGGCUCUGUUGAUCACAAUUCCUUGUAUAGCUUGUAUUUUGAUUCCGUUUAUAUCCUUCUUCUUAUCUAUACUGUGUUCUUAUAUAUGAGAAAGCAAAGUGUAAAAGAGGUCAUAUACAUUCCAACUCUGUCACAGGAAAUAGCCUGCAUUGGUGUGUGUUACAGUAUUCUGCUAAAUGAAGGCCUCAGUCCUGAAUAUUGAUAGAAGUAGUUAAGAGCAAAUUGGGGCCAUUUUAUGAGUUUCUCUGUGUCAAGUUUUCCGGUAAUAAGAAAUAAUAUACACAUAUUUUAAUCCUGUGAAAGGUUCUAGGUAGAGAAAAGAAAGAGGCUUAACCUUCAACAAAUGUUAUUUUUGAAAACAUGAUUUUUGUCAUUAAAUGUUAUAUUAUUUCACAUAUAUAAAACAGAUGUUAUGUAAGAACGUUGUAUAUUUUAACAUAAAUCCAUUUAGAGAGAUUAUCUAGAUUCAUUAAUUUUCAUAGUGCCUUUUUCACAUGAGUCAGCUGGAAAGUCUGCAAUAAACAGUAUUUGCCGUACAUUAA